AAGGCAGACAGUCGGCGCUUCCCGGCGGGGGGGUUCAGCACGAAAACUAUCCCAAGUGUUUGUUCUGUACCUUGAAACACACCCCUUUGCCUGUAUGCAGUUGUAAAUUAUUGACGUUUUUAGCUAGUCGUAAAUAUUAGAGGAUAAUAGAAAAAAAGCGAGGAUGUUGGUCCCCGCGGGAAGAUAAUGAAGAAUCUGUGCGUGUUGUUGCUGUGCGUCAAUUUAACUCUCCUGUGCUGGCACUUUGGUCAUCAUGUUUAUUGUUCAGAAGAGAUUCCCUCUGGCCCAGGACACCCUGCACAGGAUGACAGCCCUUACUCAAUGCCGGAACCGGGGACUGACGAAAAGUUUGAAGACGAAAGGACAACAUGUACUCAGUCAUUGCACGACACGGGGCUGGAGACAAAGACAGAGAAGGCAACAUUAAAAGAAGCCUCAUUGCACUCACAAGACUCCUCACACGAAGAGAAGCAUGAACAGACUGUGAAUCUAGAGAAGUUGGUGGAGGAGGCUCAGAUUAGUCUUGAAUUGGCUCUUCCUGAGCCAGAACAACAACAACAACAACAGCAGGUGCAGGAACCAGAACCCCAGAACACCCAACAACCAGACCAACCACAAACACUCACACAGCCCCAAACACUGCCUCCUUCACCCCAGCCAGACCCUAAAGCUCUACAGACCACUGCCACAGAGGACCAGGCUGACCAUGCCUCCGCUGCUCUAACCCCUACCGAGACCGACCCACAGGCUGAAGACCCCUCCGGACCUGCUGCUGAUCUCCAGAAGAGCCCAGAAUCAGUCUCACCUACCUCAGUGACCUCCUCCGAGAGCCCCUCCAGUGUUGUGGAGGAACAUACAGAGGAUAAGUCCAGCACGUUGGGACAGAGCCCGGAGACCAUUGCUGACCCAACUGCCUCUCUGGACCCGAGUGUGCUGGAUCUCACAGAGCUGGAGCCAACAGCCAACAUCCCUCCACCUCUAGAGCAACCACAGAUGGUGGACCAUGACAAAGUGGCUGACAGUCCCGUACCUGUACCCACUAAAGAUGACAUCCCUACAUUCGAUGAGUGGAAGAAGAAAGUGAUGGAAGUAGAGGAAAAGAAAAGUCAGUCUCUGCACACGUCAUCAAAUGGCAGUCCUCAUCCAGUGAAAAAGGUCCAAAAGAAUUUCAAGAAUAACUACGCUUCAGUGGAGUGUGGGGCCAAAAUCCUCUCUGCUAACAACGAGGCCAAGAGCACAUCUGCCAUCCUGAUGGAGAAUAUGGAUCUGUAUAUGCUAAACCCCUGCAGUACUAAGAUCUGGUUUGUUAUUGAGCUCUGUGAGCCAAUCCAGGUGAAGCAGUUGGACAUUGCAAACUUUGAGCUGUUCUCUUCUACGCCAAAAGAUUUCCUAGUGUCCAUCAGCGACAGGUAUCCGACCAAUAAGUGGAUCAAGCUGGGCACCUUUCAUGCCCGUGAUGAACGCACAGUACAGAGCUUUCCUCUAGACGAGCAACUAUAUGCCAAAUAUGUUAAGAUGUUCAUCAAGUACAUAAAGGUUGAGCUGCUCUCCCAUUUUGGAUCUGAACACUUCUGCCCCCUCAGCCUUAUCAGGGUGUUUGGCACCAGUAUGGUGGAGGAGUAUGACGAGAUAGCCGACUCUCAGUACACCUUAGAGAGAGCUGAGUAUCUAGAUGAAGACUAUGACUUUCAUUUGACAGAUUACCCUCCCGGCUACUUACCAUCAGAGGACAAGACAUCAAAGAAUCUGCUGGGCUCUGCCACAAAUGCAAUCAUGAACAUGGUGAACAAUAUUGCAGCAAAUGUUCUUGGAGGGAAACCAGAGCUUGAGAUCAGAGCUGAAAUGGAAGGAAACAUGUCCUCUGGGACAGAAAACAUCACCCAGAUGUCAGCAGAAACCACACUUACUCCAGAACCCACCCCCACUGAACAACCAGCUAUUCUGGACCCUCUUGAGUUAGAUCCCACUCUAGCAAAAGAGGACGCCGAGGUUACUGAUCUUGUAGCUUCUUCAGUUCCUCCCCAAGAGGAGAGCAGGGUCGUCAUUCUUAUUAAAGAAGAGGAGGACGAAGAGGCCACCCAACCAACGGUAACCCUGCUGGAAGAGGACAUUGAGGAGGAGUGGAGACAAGCAGACAUCUGGGAGAAAGAGAGUGCCUUUUACUGUGGGCACCUCUCGACUUUGUCCUGCUUGGCGUCUUUGCACGAGCACUUUUAUUGCUACUGUUCGGCAGCUUUAGCACUACACCGCCAGCGUAGAGACUGCCGCCACAAAGCACAGCGCACACAACCCAACACAGACACAAAAACUGCUCCUCAGCAGCCCCUCCCUGCCACCACCACCAUGACCCAAGAGCCCCCUGUGCUCUCCGAGAAGCUUCCAGAAGCAGAGAGCCCCUCUCAGGCGCAAGCCGAGAGAAUUUCACCCACUGAAACAGUAACUGUUCCGCCUCAGCCUUCCAGCGGAGAGUCCUCGGUCACCAACCAGCUCCCUCCUGAAACCAUCCUGUUGGAGCCCAGUCGCACCUCCACCCUUCACCCACAUAGCUUCUCUGACACCCCCACCCAAAGCAUCCCUGAGUCCCUACCGCCGGGAGAGCCCAUGGACCAGCGUCCGCAGUACCAUGAGAACAUCCCAGAGACCCAUACCCCUGUCAGCAUCUGCAGCAGCACCAGCAGUGCCCCGACUCCCAGUGCCACCUCCUCCAUGCUCCUCUCCACCACCACUGAACAUCACAGCAUGGAUAUGGAACCCCCUAAACUGGAGCUCCCUACCAAAGAGCAGCCAGUUCAGCCACUGCCCACCCACACUCGGCCUGCUGAUAUCCCGCCUCCUACUGAGCUCCCAGUCUCAGCUCCAGAGGCCUCUGACGACAUUAAGGCCACAGGGUUGGAAGACCCGCACCAUGGUGCUGUGGCUUCCCAACCAGAGGUCUCUGAAUUCCCUCCAUCUCAACAAGAGGAGACUGUAGACGACAUUCUGCUCAGCCAGACAGGACCACACCGGACUGCUGGGGAGUUUUACGCAGAACAGCCAAAUGCAGAAAUUGGCCAUAGUAAUGGAAACGGCAAUGGGAAUCAGGUGCACGGAUCCAACCAGAAGGAAUCCGUGUUCAUGAGACUGAAUAACAGAAUUAAAGCACUGGAGAUGAACAUGUCACUCAGCAGCAGAUACCUGGAAGAGCUUAGCCAGAGGUAUCGUAAACAGAUGGAGGAGAUGCAGCGAGCUUUCAACAAGACCAUCAUCAAACUGCAGAACACCUCCAGAAUUGCAGAGGAGCAGGACCAGAAACAGACGGAGUCUAUUCAGAUGUUACAGAGCCAGCUGGAGAAUGCCACCAAGAUCAUGUUGAACCUAUCUGCCACUGUUGCCCAGCUACAGAGAGAGGUGUCUGACAGACAGAGUUAUCUGGUGCUGUCUCUGAUCCUGUGCCUGAUGCUGGGUUUGCUGCUCUGUAUGCAGUGCUGCAGGAGCUCGCCCAAUCACAACAGCAGCUCAACCAUUCCCACGAGCAACCAUUACCCCAGCCCUAAGAGGUGCUUUUCCUCAUAUGAUGAUAUGAGUCUGAAACGGAGAGUGUCUUGCCCUCUUGUCCGUUCUAAGUCAGUUCAGCUGCCUACAUCAGUAGUAGGUCCUGAUGACUUGUACAUUGUAGAACCUCUAAGAUUUUCUCCAGAGAAAAAGAAGAAACGCUACAAGACAAAAGGAGGAGACCGAGUGGAGACGCUCCGGCCCUAUGUCCCCUCACAGACGGACAUUAACGGCGGGCCCAAGUGCAACGGCAAAUCUUCUCUUCACUUCCUGCCUUCAGGAUUCGAUGGCUACUUGUCCACUUGCUCAUCAACCAGGGACUGGGCGUCGGAAGGCAGCUCCGAAAGCUUUGUCUCUACACUGUCUGUGGAGUCCUUCGGCAGCGCUCCCUCGAUGAAUGGACAAGACUCCGCCCUCUGCAGCGGAGAUGUCCCGUCCACCAUCCCUCCCUCCAAGAGCAAGAUAGAGAAGAAGUCUCUAAAACAGUGGCGAUCGAAGAAUGCCGAGCAGCAGGAGGGGCGGUUUGAGGAGGAAAUACUGCACACGCCUCUUCCCGUAACAGUGGGCGUCAUGCCGACGCUGGAGGAACUCAUGAAGGGAAAAGCAGAACUGGGCGUGGCCACAUUUGGAAGGACAGCUGUAACGGGACGAGUUUGAGUUUUUGUAGCCGUGUUACAUCGGUAUCUGUCAUCCGUAAAUGACUUAGUGAGUCACUUCACCUGUAUCCUAGAAUCCGCUUUCAUGCUGCCAACUUUCUUUUACUUCCUUAAGCUCACCUUCAUUUUGGAUCGCUCCAGUGCAGAGUUGAGACUGGCUUCAUCUUUCCCCACAUCACUACAUCCUAGUUUUCAGCACUCCUGAUUUAUGUGCCUUUUUAUUCAUUUGAAAAUCCUCACAAUGAACGACCGGCAGAAAUCUAAAGGAUCCUUGUUGUUAUUGACUUGAACAGAGGUUUAUUAUUAUUAUUAUUAUUCUGGUAAAAAAAAUAGGACUGAUAAACUUUGCUAGUAUGAAUGAAACUUGAUUUAAUGUUCUCCUAUCCUUUGUACUGGACCGUUUAUGUAGUUAUCAUCAGCAGGUGGCACUGCAGUGGAUGUUAACACCGACUGAGAGGGGAAAGUGUGAACUGUCCAAUGCCGGCAGCCAUUCUCCAGCCCCUCCUCCACAGAGCACAACACAUGUUGCUCCUGGAGUCUGGGAUGGCGCUCUUUCAAAUUACACUAACAUGACCUCAGGUGUCCAUUUAUUUUCUUUCAUCCCCCUUCUUCUCACUCUGUCUUUUCCUUGUUUGUGAUGAAAGUAAUCGUGUUUUACUUGUGAGUGCAUAAUGCAAUGCCAGUCAUUCUAUGUGGUUGGUUUGUGGGACCAGUGAUGUCAAAGCACAGGGCUUCAAUCUAGUGAACAGAGCUGAAUGAAGUACAGAUCCAGUCCUCUUUCUUGUUGUCUUUAUCUUCUCUAUUAUUAAUUUGUCUUUUACAGACAAAUUAUGUAUAAGUUCCUCCAAAUUGCACUCUAGUUUGACCAACAAACCCAGACUGGGCCUGAACGAACACAUAAAUAUACACACUUGCAUUUAUACAUAUACAUCUAUGAAUAUUUACAUAUUUUCACACCCCAACAGCACCAUCAUGUGCUCAGUCUCCAGCUCUUUCAGAUGUUUACAGCUUGUUAUGUGUCUUUAGUAGAGACAACUUAAGAGAAAGAGACUAGUUUGUCAUUUAUAAACACUUGGUGACAUACAUUUGUUAAUUCUUCCAUGCUCUAUAUGUACACAGGGAGUUUGUAGGGGACAUUGUUAUUUUAAGAGAUGAUUAUUUAUGUAUUUAUUUAUUUAAAUGUGACCUGGGCUCUAUGAGAUCACGGUCAUGUAACAAACGAGCUACAACCUCCAUGUGUAGAGCUCUCAAGAUUUAAAAGAUGCAUGCAAGUGGUAAGUUACACAUACUUGCCUUCCUGUUCUCUAAAAUUUUCCUCUUGUAUUUUUUUUAUUUUUUAGAUUUUGAUUGAGAAAGCUGGAUUCUGAGACACUUUACACUUUCUGAAUACAUUUUGACUUCUUUAAUGACAUUCAUUAUUUUAUAAAUGUUUUAUGUUAUUUAAUGUAUUAAUUUGUAUCAAAAUCUAAUAAAUAUAUAUAUAAAAUAAUAUAAAAAUAAUUGGCUCUAUUGUACAUAGCUAUAGUUCACCCAAAAAUUUUAAUUUUCCUUAUUUACUCAAUCUCAUGCCAUCCCAGAUGUGUAUGACUUACUUUCUUCAGCUGAACAAAAGAUUUUUAGAAGAAUAUUUCAGCUUUGUUGGUCCAUGCAAUGCAAGUGAAUGUUGACUGAAACUUUGAAGCUCCACAAAAUACAUAAAGGUAGCAUAAAUGUAAUCCAUACGACUCCAGAGGUUAAAUCUGUUUCAUCAGAAAUGAUAUGAUAGGUGUGGGUGAGAAACAUCAAUAUUUAAGUCGUAUUUACUACAAAGCUCCACUUUCACUUUAACAUUCUUCUUUUGUAUUUGGCGUUUCACAUUCUUCAUGCAUAUCGCCACCUACUGGGCAGGGAUGAUAAUUUAUUGUAAAAAAAGGUGUUAAAUAAUGCUUCUGAAGACAUGAAUUUAAUCACUGGAGUCGUAUGGAUUACUUUUAUGCUGCCUUAAUGUGCUUUUUGGAGUUUCAAAGCUCUGGUCACUAUUCAUUUCCAUUGUAUGGCCCAACAAAGCUGAAAUAUUCUUCUAAAAAUAGUUGUGUGCAUUCAGCAUAAAAAGGUCAUACACAUCUGGGAUGGCAUUAGGGUGAGUAAAUAAGAUAAUUUUUUUUUUAUUCUAAUUUUUUUAACUUAUUGCUAUCAUGGAGAUGUCAGAAUUUUAUGAGCACAUCUGAUUCACUCAGCAUCUGAUUAGUUAAUUUGGGUGCUAGAGAAAUCUGAAUCUGGGAUUUGCUGUUCUUUUGGAUCUGUUCUGACAAGCUCUGAAUUAGUUUCUGGUUUUGAGAUAAAUUGUAAGAAAGCCAGAGUUCUCAUCUUUGUGCAUAUUAUAUGCAUGUGUCCAACAAAGCAAUUGUUCGAUUUGUCUUUUGUGAUCCACAAUCUUUCAUGUAUAUGUAAAGCUUGUACGUAAUGUGUGUCCAGUGUCCUCUCUCUCUUCAAAUCUCCACACACUCCAUGCUGCUCUUAACACACUUUGUAUGUGUGUCCACAGGGCCAGAGCAAGGAAUUCUGGGCCCUGUGAAUAUACAUUGCUCUGGGCCCCUUACCUAUUAAAAUAAUAUGGUUUCAAAUUUGUUGUGGGCCCUCCUGGUCCUUUGGGCCACUAGAAUCAUUACCAGCUUUCAGCCCACUAGCUACGGCCCUGUGUGUCCACUGCUUACUUAGAUAUUUGAGACUAUUUGUCAUGUGAAUAGGCUGAUUUGUCCUAAAUGUUUUCUUUCAUGCGAAUGGUUCCAUCAUUGACCUUUUAUCAAACUGUGGGAUUUAAGAAUAUGAUUUUAAGUUUAAAUAAAAGGGAAAUAUUGGGAUGGUGUAGAAUGGACCAUCUCCGUGUGAGACUAUGCUGUGAUUCUUUUUACUACCUUUUAUUAUCUUUUUUUAUGUUAAUUGAUCUAUGCUCGUGGAGUCGUUUUUGAGUGUGUAAGGAUGUUUUCUUGACCAGUGUGUAUGUUGAAGAAUAUUUGGAGAUUAAUCUUUCCAGUACCCCAGUUAGUAUAGACCUCUGCGUGUCUCAGUGAUGCAGACUCUCCUGUGCACUUUGGAGAACCUAAUACACAUGCCUUUGUUUUUCUACUACACCACACCUCGUACAAUUGCUUUUCCUUAGUAGGGCGCCCUCUAGUGGCAAGUUCGUUGUAUUAAUCGUCCGUUAGGUGGCGCCCAAAUUCAAUCUGAUCAUGUUUGAGGAUGAACAGCACAGUAUUUUAUUUUUUUGUUUUCCAGAAGCAACUGUAACUAGAGAGGUGUAGUGCCAUUAGAAACUGUGAAUUUAUUAAUAAAACACUAUG